ACAGCGAUCGCCAGAGAGGACACUUUGACUUUGCUGUUGAGAGUCAAUCAUGAUCGAGAAAUCAAUACAUACGUGAUGAGAAUAUCCGCUGAAUACGCAACACUCAUUCGAUAAACAAUCUCUAUCAUCUUGAACCCUGGACAUGCUCCGUUUCAACCUCCAGAUGCCGCCCGGCACCAAGCGGCUCUACACGAUUUGUCUCUAUCUCGCUCUUGGAUCGGCCCUAUGGGGCUAUAACAUUGGCAUCUUGUCCUCUAUCCUCGCCCAUCCGGGCUGGAAAAACGCCUUGUAUUCACCCUCGCCGGCACAAAAGGGCGUCGUGACGGGAAUCUACUAUGGCGGAACGCUACUAUCCUAUCUCUUCGUGUCGCAUCUGCUGGCCGAUGUUCUUGGUCGGCGGUAUUCCUCCGUGAUUGGCACCGGUGUCCUCGCGGUUGGCGCAUUGAUCAUGGCCUCUGCAGGAGGAGGCAGUGCUGUUGCCGUUAUGGCAUUUGGACGAUUCAUCUCUGGUCUGGGCGUUGGUGUCGUGAGUACUGGCGUACCCUUGUAUCAAAGUGAAAUCGCACCAGCAAAGGACCGAGGCAGGUUUGUCACCGUGAACCACGCCGGCUUCAUUGGUGGUCUUGCCAUGGGCCUCUGGGCUGGCUAUUUUAUUACAUUUUGGUCAUCAGCGGCCGGCCAAUUCUGGGGAUGGCGCGUCUUGAUCUUAGUCCAACUGCUUCCAGCAGGCGUAUUUGCAUACAGCCUCCCCAGGCUUCCCGAGUCACCACGCUGGUUGGUUGAAAAGGGCGAGGCCGUCGCAGCGAGAUCAGUGCUGGCGGCCCUUCGUCAAGGCUCGUACGAUGAAGACGACAUCUCUGACGAGCUACAAGCAAUCCGUAGCUCCAUUGCCUCGCGUCCCAAAUCCAAGUACAGCCCUUCGAUUGCUCUCUCGUUGUCGCUAUUUCAAGACCCUGCACUGUUUGCCCGACUCUGGCGCGGGUUCCUGCUACAGUUUAUGGCGCAAAUGUGCGGAGCUACCGCUAUGAAGUAUUACUUGCCGACUCUUCUCAAAGCACUUGGACUAAGCACGCAAAUGGCUCUCUUGGUGGGCGCGCUUGAAGUGACUGUAAAGAUUAGUAUGACUUUGGUUGAAAUGUGGCUGAUUGACAGAUUCGGCCGCAAGGUGUGUCUGAUUGGCGGCAGCCUUGUCAUGGCCAUUGCCAUGUUGAUCAAUGGAGCCCUGCCUUUGUCGUUUCCAAACAAUAGCAGCCACUUUGCCGAUUCCGUUUGCAUUGCAUUCAUCUUCAUAUACGCCAUGGGCUACAGCAUUGGCCUGGGGCCUGCCGCGUGGGUGUACUGUUCCGAGAUAUUCCCAACCUCGGUCCGUGCAAGAGGCCUCAACUUUGCCGCCUCCGGAGGGUCUAUCGGCAGCAUCAUUACAUCUCAGAUUUGGCCCAUGGGCAACGCUCGUUUCGGAAGCGGCAUCUACUUCUUCUUCAUGGCUGUCAACUUGAUAUGCGUCCCAAUUGUAUGGCUACAAUAUCCCGAGACAAAAGGCAAAGCUCUGGAAGAGAUGGACGCACUCUUUGGCCAAACAAUGUCGCAUAGUCCCAACGUAGCCCUUAGUGGCGGUGAGGGUUUCGAUUCUCGCGAUGCGCAGCCCAGACCAGAAGGCGAGGCUCUACGAGGGGAUACAGAAGACGACCCGUUGCCGCUGUAAAUAGGCAUUGCCUUAUACACAUUUAGAAACUUUAAUGGAACAAUGUAUAGAACAAAAGAAAAGUUGUAU